AUGGCCUAUGAGGCAAGAGAAAUCGAACUCGAUCCCGCCCUUCAGGAUCUUAGUUACCCGACACCAGACAGCGAAGAUAUGCGCUCAGAAUACAAUAUGGCAGACAGAUUGACCAUAGAUGUCGACUGCCCGCCGCUGGGUACCAGUACAUGCUCCAGCUUCUCACCGAUGGACUCGCCCACACCGACACCGACAUCUCUCUAUAGUCAAGGGUCUCUUGCUUCCCCGGGGUGGCAUGAUGGUAGUACAUAUUCUCAUGGCUUGGAAGCCACCAGAACUGCUACCCCCUUGAGGAGCAGCUUCCGGAUGGCCGAUAUUACAGCCGGCGAUGGUAUGAUGCAUCAAUAUGAUAAUGUCGAGGGGCACGACCGGGUGCCUCUGUUUGAUUACAUGCCAGGAUAUACAGACAAUGUCGAGCAAUUCUGGAUACCCCAGGAUAUGCCAAAGGCAUAUGAGCCAGCGGCUAGUUUUGCGUGCCAGCCAAACAUGGCACCCCAAUACCCUCAGAUGGUCCGCAACUGCUACCGGAACAACCAGCCAAACUAUCUCCCUGAAUCAGUAUCUAACCCAUGCCUAUCUCGGCCUAUUUUCCAGCAGACGGAUCGACUUCCGCAUGCCAUGUCCAUGACGAAUAUGAGUCACUGGAUGCCAUCAGCCGAUAUGAUGCAGCCGCAAACCAUUACCCCUGCGCAGGCAUUUCCACAGGCCCCAAUGACUCCACCAUCUUCAUAUUCUGGAUUUCCAGGGUCUGGCAACACCCUGCGAACCCACACCCCUGUGACACCAGUCCGGUCGAGCUCAAUGGGUUCUGGAACCGAAACCCCCAUGACUCGUCUUUCUGGUGGUCCUAGUGAUAAUACGGAUGAGGAGUGGUUCUCUCCGGGUAUGCGUGAGAGUCUACGACACCGACAAACACAUCGCCAACUUUCUAAGAAGACGCUCAAGAAGUCGACUUCCAAGCAAAGUCUCCGACUGGAGAAUCUACCCUCCAUUAUCAAACAGGUGCAGUUUCGUUGCAAGGAGCCUGGCUGCAAAGGACGAUUUAAGAGACAAGAGCACCUCAAGCGGCAUAUGAAGAGCCAUUCCAAAGAAAAGCCUCACGUUUGCUGGGUACCUGGCUGCAACCGCGGCUUCUCUCGCAGCGACAACCUUAAUGCUCAUUAUACGAAGACUCAUAGCAAACGUGGCGGCCGCAACCGAUAUGUUGCGACGCUGGACGAGACAAGCCCCGACUACGACCCAGAAUUCCGAGGCCAGCUCACACCCGAUGGCCGUCCUAUUUAUGGAUCCAAGCUAGAUGAUCCGAUCCCCAUGGAUAACGAUGCCGAUGGGGAAUUAUGGGACGAGUAA